GAGGCGGAAGUGGGAUUGGACGUGCUGUGUGUUCAGUUUUAGCCAGAGAAGGAGCUAAAAUAGCAGUGGUUGACUUGAAUAAAUCAUCAGCCCAAGAAACUGUUUCAUCUUUACCCAACUCAACCCACCAUGAAGCUUUUGCCGCCAAUGUUGCGUGCUCUGCACAAGUUACAAGUAUGCUGUCACAAGUUGAAGAAAAAUUCAAAUCCGUUCCAACUUUAGCUGUCAAUGCUGCUGGAAUCACUAAGGAUAAUUUUCUUUUAAAACUUGAUGAACAAGCUUUUGAUGAUGUGAUUAAUGUUAACUUAAAGGGUACAUUUUUGAUUAAUCAAGCAAUUAGUAGAGCAAUGCAUAGAGCAAAAGUUGAGGAUGGAGCAAUAGUCAAUAUAUCAAGUAUAGUUGGGAAGAAUGGUAACAUUGGACAGACAAACUACGCUGCGUCUAAAGCAGGGGUCAUUGGCUUCACUAAAUCUGCUGCUAAAGAGUUGGCCAGGUACAAUAUUCGAGUGAAUGCCAUCCUGCCAGGAUUUAUUGACACUCCAAUGACUGAUAAAGUGCCUGAAAAUGUUUUAAUGAUGAUCAAGGCUAUGAUACCUCUAAAAAGAACAGGAACCCCUGAAGAAAUUGCUGAAGUGUGUGCCUUUUUAUUGUCAGCUCGUAGCAGCUACAUAACUGGAACAGCAAUAGAAGUAACAGGUGGCCUCAAUUUUUAAGCUUCCAAUAGAACCAGUACCUGUACACAGUGUUUUAAGACAGUCUUUCAACAAUGUUAUUUGUGGACUUUAAGGAGAAUGUUAAUGGGGAAUCCCACCAAAAGAGCAUUCAUGUCUGGAUUUAUACCACUGAAAUAUGGGUUUUUACCCUGCAACAAUUCUAAUUUUCAUAUAUUAACAAUAAACUUGUUU